UCUUCUGCGCAAGCGCCACCCGAAAGGAGAGCUGUCGAGGUCGAAUUUAGUUUUGGUCAAACAUAAGGCAAAAUGCCUUCAGACUUUGAUAAAGGAGCGUACCCGGAGCCUCCUCGGCAGACUCCGGUUGUGGACAAACAGACAGCACUGCCAAACCCAGCCCUGAUUCUAUCUAAACUCUUCUAUUACUCCGUGGACCUGCCUGUCACCACAUUUAGAGAUGCUGUCGACAGCAUUCGGAGUAAAAACAAGUCCGUCUACUACCACCAGAAGUUCCGCCGUGUUCCUGACCUGACUGAGUGCCAGGAGGGAGAUUAUGUCUGCUACUAUGAGGCUGAGAUGCAGUGGAGGAGAGACUACAAAGUGGACCAGGAGAUUGUGAAGGUAGUCCAGGAGCGUAUGAGGGCCUGCCAGCAGAGAGAAGGAGCCAGCUACCACCAGAACUGUGCCAAGGAAAUCCAGCAGUUCAACGAGGUGACCAAGAACUUCCAGUUACGCUAUGGAGACCUGGGAGCGUACGCCAGUGGGAGGAAAUGUCUAAUGAAGCAAAGAGAACGGAUGAUGGCUGCUGAGUCCCAGAGUGCUUAAGAACAGUUCACCAUUAUCUGUCCUGUGUAAUAAAUGUAAAAUAAAAUGUAUGUGAUAAUUCA